AUGAUGUACAAGAAAGAAACAUUAUUCCAGAGAGCUGGCCAAGUAGCUAUGACUGCUUUUGAUGUUGCAAUGUCGAUGGGUGGCUCUGAAGCUAUAGUGGAGAGCUUUUAUAGCGUUAUGGGCACCCAAAGACAGGUUCGGCAGCAUCAUGGCACAUUGGAAGCAAGAUCUAUUUUAGACUGGGCGACCAGUAAUCUUCUGAACUCUGAAGGUAUCAUAAAGGAUGCGGCCAAAUUAUAUGUGGACGGCGAGGAAGGAGUAUUUCCUCGACAUAGAGUUGGGAAUUUAAGAAAAAAGUCAAGUGAUUCGUAUAGGGCCAGUCAGGUGCUAUCGCGUUUACAUACAGAAAAAG